GAAUUGCAGAGGAGGACUGUUCUGGCUGAGGGGAGUCCUCUUCCUCAGUCAUCCCUCCGUUGGUUGUAGGAGACGUUUCUGAGCCACCCUCCCAGGCCUGCUGGGCUGUUUCAUGCCCCGUCCGGCCCACUGAGACUGCGUACCGCAUCAGGGGCCGCUUCCCAGUCGAGCCAAGUCUCCACAGGCGAUUCUGCCCCUUGUCAGCUGGCCAGUGGGAGAGCCGAGGAUCGCCUGCCUUAGAGGGCGGAACGCAAUGGCCACCACACAGGAAGUGCCCCCGCCAGCAUUAGGCCUCCAUUUUUUGUACCCUUUGGAAGAAACCAUGCCGCCGAGGGUGAAGAUGGAGGAGCCUGGACCGCCGUGCCCGGAGGCAGGGUGGGAAUGGGACGCUGCAGGGAAGGCCCCGCUCGUCGUUCAGGCUGGCACGAUCAGCGACCUGCUGCGGUGGGCAACCCCUCCGCAGGUGAGGAGCGACCCGAUGCCGCAGCUGUGGGAGGUGCAGUGCCAGGAGAUGGUGCAGUCGCUGCGGGCACCUGCGGAAGUGGUGCCCGCUCCGGUGCCCGUCCCGCCCCCGCCCCCUGCCUGGGGCAACCUCCAGCUCCCUGAACUUGCCCCCGUGGAUGACAUUGAGGCCUACUUGUCAUCCUUCGAGCGGGCGGCCGAGACCUGCCAGUGGCCCCGAGGGGAGUGGAUGACCCGCCUUAUGCCGGCCCUCAGUGGGAAAGGCCAGCCCCCUCACAAUGGCCUGGAUGCUCGGAGCGGCCGGAGUGACCACCGGAAGGCCAAAUCGUCCAGCCUGCGGGGGGAGGCUGGUGCCAGUGUUGAAAUGCAGCGCCAGCGCUUCCGGCAGUUCCGUUACCAGGACUCGGAAGGCCCGCGGGAGGCAUGCCGGAGGCUCCGGGAACUGUGCCGUCGCUGGCUGAAGCCGGAGAGCCGCACGAAGGAGCAAAUCCUGGAGCUGCUGAUCUUGGAGCAAUUCCUGACCAUCUUGCCCCAGGACGUCCAGAGCUGGGUGUGGGAACGAGGCCCGGAAACAUGUGCUCAGGCUGUAGCCUUGGUGGAGGGCUAUCACAUGGGACGGCGAGAGGCAGGGAUGUGGGAGCAGCAGGUUACAGUGCGGGUCAAAGUUGAGCAGGUAAGCCCCCAGCAGAUGCUCUUGCCUGGAGCGCCAUGGGAGCCUUCUGCCCCCCUCCUGCCCCAUCCUGACUGCAUAUCCUUGGCAGAAGGGACACUAAACCAGCCUGCCCCAGGCCCUGCUCUCAAGAUGCCGUGCAUCCCCAAACAGGAACCGCGAGGCCUUCAAGAACCAGGUACCCUGAUGUCCAACGGGACCCAAGAGGAGAACCCCUUGCAGGGAGGUCCUAUGGAAGUGGGAAUUAAUUCUGGGAAUUCCCAGGAGAAUGGGCUGGCUGAGAAUUGUGGGGAGCGAGCUGGUCAGCAGCAUGAGGAGAGAUGCGGUGAUCUGGGGGAGAAUCCGGCCACACGCCUCAGUCCCAUCCGAGUCCCACCGCCAGCAGGGAAGCCCCUCCACCGGUGCUCCGAAUGUGGGAAAACCUUUAGCCGUAACUCGCACCUGCUCACCCACCAGAGGAUCCACACAGGGGAAAAGCCGCACCAGUGCCCUCAGUGCGGCAAGCGUUUCGGUCAUACCUCCCAGCUGACACGGCAUCAAAGGACCCACGCCUCGGAGCGACCGUUUCGGUGUGCGCAGUGCAGCCGGAGCUUUUACCAGAGCUCUGAGCUGACCAGGCAUCGCAUGUCCCAUGCGAGAGAUCGCCCUUACGGAUGCAGCCAGUGCGGGAAGAAGUUCCGAUGGAGUUCCGAUCUCAUACGGCACCAGAUCACCCACACAGGAGAGAGACCGUACAAGUGCCCUGAGUGUGGGAAGAAAUUUGGCCAAAACUCACACCUGGUUCGACAUCGCAGAACCCACACGACUUAGCUGAGGUCAUCCCCGUGGAAGGAGAUCGAUGUUUCCUGGUGCUGAGAGUUCGCCAGGGGCAAACGUGUGGACCUGAAGUCACCGUCAAGCUCAGCAGCGGCAUCAUGGGCCAAUUACUGAUGUUCUUUCAGCUCAGCAUCUACAGAGGAUGGUUUAGUUAGAAUAAAUCUUACAUACAAAGCAGGAUGGACAGUUCCAGGCCUCAUUUUAUGUUCCACCUGGAGAUCCACAGCACAACCAGACUGCAUAGUGAGACGAUGUCAAGUCUUGCUUGAGUUGACUUCUUGAACAACACUGAACCAAUAAUAUUGUGGUGGCACCAGAUGGAUCUUUCUCUCUCUUCCUCUCCCUCUCUUCUCUCUCUCUCUCUCUUAAUAGAAAAGGAGCUUGAUCUACUAGACAACUAGUCAGGUUUAUUGUUACAUAACACAGCCUGUAUUCCCCAGCCUGAGAUCAUUUCUUUGUAGUGAAACAAAAGCAAUGUAUUUUUUAGCAAAGAUUACCAGUCUGUAUUGGUGCGGAAGGGGUAGGGAUGGUUUUCAGAACAAUGGGAGAUGCCCUUUACGGAAACUACCUUGGUACAGUUUUCAGUGUGUGAGGGCAGAAAUGAUGACAUUGAUAAAUGGGAAAGUUAUUAGCAUCUGGUUGCACUGAUAGGGAAAUACACAAAGUGGGGUAGGGGACAGUGGGCAGCCAGACCAAAAAUCUGGAUAUUUGAGGCCGCCUGAUUUUCAGACAAGAGGAAUUCGCACUACACAUCCAUGCUAGGGAUGGGUGGCCAGCCUUGGAGGGGUCUGAUCCAGCCCCACAGACUUUCCAUUGGUGGCUUCCAAUGCCACUGAUUUCAGGGACCUUCCCCUCUGCCGUUUGCACACCUCAGCCCUGUUUUCCCUGAAAAUCCAAGACACUAGCAAAGGACUCUCGAAUGCAACAGAGGACUUCUCAAGAGUUGAUUCCUGAUGCACCUCCAGCCCAGGGGAGGAGGGGGCAGGGGGAUGAUCCACUGAAGUGUAUGGGGAACGAGUCGCCAGGGCCUCUUUGCUGGGGGAGAAGUAAUUAAAGAGUUCCUUUGGCAGAAAUGCUCCAGCAGGCAGAGUCCCCUGCAGCUGGCUGUUCAGCAAAGCUGUGUUGCCUAUGAAGGGGCCCAACUUUUUAGAGGAAGAAGGGGGAAACUCCCAAAGAUCUCCACCUAAGAAUAUUUGAGGAGUUUUAUCCACCUGGGGACUGCAAAUACCCCACUCUGCACGCAAAACCGCAAUGGCAAUUCAUGCUCCUAACCCAUCAAGGUCAUCCUAAUGCCCAUAGUAGUCUACGGACAGGUUUGCAGAGUGCAGGGCCAUAUCUGGGGCAAGGUUAUCAUUUUUAAUCAUGGGCGGGCCGCCUUCCUCUUUCGGCACCCUGUCCUAAACUCCCCAUUCUGUCACUGCAACUCAAAGACAGCUGUUUGUGUCCCUUUACCCUGCUGGCUUUUAGCAUUAAACCAGCCUUCCUCAAGCUUAUCUGGUGCCUUCCAGAUACGUUGGGAUAUCAAUUCCAUCACUACUGACUAGACUGGCUUGGGAUGAUGGGAGUUGUUGUCCUACCCACCUGAAGGGCACCAUUCUGAAGCACCACUGUGCAAAGCUUUCACUGUAAAGCAGGUAUUUUCUGGAAAUUUCAGACUGCCCAGUUUUUCAGUGCUCUAAUACUGCAUUUUAUAAAGCAGGACUUCUGCAGUUCGGUAUUUGGACUUCGAAUCCGAGAAGCAGCUGCCAGCAUGGCCAGUGAUCAGGGAUGCUGAGAGCUGAAGUCCAAAAUACUGGGAGAUCUGCUUUCAGCCUGUCCGUUUUACAGAGCAUGGUUUGCCUUUUGUUGGUCUUGCAAUACUCUGCAUCAGUUUUCACAACCUCCAAUGGCCAUGCUGCCUGGGAAUUAUGGGAGCUGUAGUCCAGCGCCUUUGGAGAGCAUCAGCGUGGGGAAGGCUGCUUUAUGUGAAUCUGCAAGCAAGGAAGUGAGUCUGGAGUGCAGAAUUCGGCAUCCUUACCUUUCAUUUUUGAAAGGAAGCGAGGCUACAAAGCAAGUGUUGUUUGCUAAAUGGACGUGGGUGCCUGGCAAUGUACCUAGAGAGGAGGUGGGCACGAUCCAAAGCACAGCCCUUUGGCCCUUUCCAAGUACACGUGCAGCUGAAAAAUUUAUGUAACCCACUCAGUAUAUGCAAAUAGAUUUUGAUUUGCACAGUCCAUAGAGGUCCCGGAGUUAAUUUCUCUUGAUGCUGAAUUUAUAUUAGCUCAACGCCAAGUUACAAUUUAAUUCUACUUUCAAUAAACAGUCAUGCACAUCCCG